AUGGCGGCCACGGCGAGUGUCACUGCCACUGCUCCCUCCCCUCCAGCUCUCCUCAAAGCAUCAUUGCCUUCUUCGCUUAUCUCCUUCCGCCCCGUCUCCAGCCGCUGCAAGCACCUGUGCGUCAAGACCAAGGCCACAGAAAAUGACCAGUCUGCUAAAAAGCCUCAAAAAGUGAACAGCAUUCUUUGCCAGGACUGCGAAGGAAAUGGUGCAAUCGCAUGCACCAAAUGUGAGGGAAGUGGGGUGAAUUCUGUUGACUAUUUUGAAGGUCGAUUUAAAGCUGGAGCUUUAUGCUGGCUUUGCAGAGGAAAGCGUGAAAUCCUAUGUGGGAGCUGUAAUGGUGCUGGCUUCUUGGGUGGAUUUAUGAGCACUUUUGACGAAACUGCGCAAUAG